UAUUCAGGCAGCAGGUGCAAGAGGAGAGAGGAAGCAAAGUAGAGGGCAGAGCCCUAGUGAAGAAAAGCUAGCAACUAGUUGGAAUUAGCUUCUUGGAGCUGGAGGAUCCCCAUCCCCAUUGGAGUAUCUCCAAGAGACGCUGGGGUCUGAAAAUUUCAGGCUGACCUCCUACCAGCACUAUGGGAAAUGAAAUGAGUGUGCCACAAAAAAAUGAAGAGCAAACGAAUGAAUCAUCAACAGACUCUUCACAGAUUGCCUCUGAUUCUGGAUGUGUUCAAAAUGGGAUGCCCGCUCUAGAGUCAGUUCUCAUUGUUCAACAGAAGAAUGAUGCCAGUGCAGAGACAAGUGUUAACCAGGGUAGUAUGGCCACUUCUUUCCAUAAAACAAUGGAGAUAAGCACUGUUUCUGAGGCCAACGGAAAGAAUCUUGGGAAGGAGGCCAAAGCCCCAACACCAGCUGCUAAAUCUCGUUUUUUCUUGACACUCUCGCGGCCUGUACCAGGACGUACCGGAGACCAAGGCAUAGAUUCAUCAGUUGGAUCAGUGAGCUUGGAUGUCAGCUCUGAAAACCCCCCAGCGAACAAAGCAUCAAGUGAGAACAUGAAACUUCCGGCAACAGCUGCACUGGAAGAAGAUUCAGAUAAAACCCAAAAUCAGGUCCCAGCUGAAGCAUCCCUUAGUGCUACUGAGCCACCAACGUCGCCUCUACCUGAGGCAGAGGGUGCAGCCCCUGCCAAACCUAAGGAACCCAGCUUUUUUGACAAAUUCUUCAAACUGGACAAGAAAAAAGAAAAUAUACCAGUUCCCAUUGGAAUCCAAGAGGGAACUGAGAAUACAGAGAACCAACACCUGGACAGAGAGACUCCUGGAUUAUCAAGCCAGUCGAACAAUGUCCCAGAGGAGAAGGACAUAGUUGACAGCAAGGAAAAGAGUGGACAGGAAAACCCAAUAGGUGUCAAUUCCUCAGUCCCUGAAGAUACAGAGAAACCUGAAAUUGUGCAAGAAAAUCUUCAGACUGUAAAUAUAACAGAGAACACUAAUUCCGUCAUGAGCUUCUUUAAAACACUGGUUUCCUCUAACAAAGCUGGCACAAAAACUGAUUCAGAAGACAAGGGAUCGAAAGCUGAGAAGGUCCAGGAUGGACCAGCUGGUCAGAAGACAACGGGAGAAGUCCAAGCCAAAGGAGCUAAGAAAAAGAAUCCAGAGAGCCCCAGGCUAGGCUACGCCUUUAGAAAAUUCUUUAGGCAUAAGUCUUCAAAAGAAACUCAAUCGACAUCAAAUACCAAAGGUGCUGAAAAGUCACCUGCUUCUUCAGCUAAUACAAAAUCAGACAAAGCCACCUCUUCGUCACCUGAGGCUCAGGGGACACAGAAGAAUACUAAAGGCUUGGACUCUUCAGCUCAGCAACAGACAGCAGCAUCUUCUGAAUCUGCAAAGGAUGGAACAAAGGAGAAAUCCCCCACUUCUCUUCCUCUGGGAAAGCUGUUUUGGAAAAAGUCAAUUAAAGAGGAUACAGUUUCCAAAGGUGCAGAGGAAAAUCAAACCCAAACCCAAACCCAGGAAGCAUGUGAAGCACCAGUAGAGAUUAUAAAGUCCGAGGACAUAGAAGUAUCCUUACAAACAAUAGAGCUGAAUGAAGAAGAAGCUGUAAAUCCUGAGCCUGCCCCCGCCAAGCCCAACACAGAAGAAAACAAGCCACGGAAAUCAAACCUGAGGCUGUUUCUCAGACAACUGACCUCAGACUCCACAGAAAAGGCUAUCACACCCCCUGAAAUGGAACCAGCAGGGCCUGGGCAGAAGAACAAGGAAGGUUCUAAGGACAAGAAGCCCACAGCUGAUCAGAACAAGAAGGGAAACAAAAAAGAUGCCUCAGAGCAGGUGAACUCCCCUGAUCGCCGAGGGGCUGAGAAGAAUUCCAUGCAAAAUGGAGGAGACUCCAAAGAAAGCCCCCUGAAGAGGCUGGAGAAGCGACAGUCUUUGGGAGGCUUCUUUAAAGGCCUUGGACCAAAACGGAUGUCUGAUGCAGAAGUGCAAACAGAUCCUGUGUCUAUUGGCCCAGUUGGGAAAUCUAAGUAAUAAAUACCCACAAAGCUAUUGAAGAAUCCCUGCUCACAAGGUUUCCCAGAGUCGAGCUGAUUUUUCCCUACCCCACUACUCCUCCCUCCUUUCCACCACUGUUGUCAUCAAUUGAGACCCUUGCCUAAGGAUAAAACCAACAGCUGAUGUACAUUGAGGUGUAUUAUUUACAUAUAUGGUCCAUUAUUAUGCCAAUCAAUAAUUGUAAAGGUCAUCCUUAAGCAAAAUGUAUGUAAUAUUGUAACUAAAGAGAGGCCAGUAACGUGGAGGGGUGGGAUGAGGGGCCAUUAUUCUAAAUAAGGUAUGAAGUGAUAAAAAUGGCAGCCAUUGGGGAAAAAAAAGUCAAUUGCAAUAAUACUUAAUGUACACUGAGAGGAUUAAGAUUUUGUAGUCAACAAAUGCUUGACUUCAAAACUUGAAAUUAAGUAUAAAAUUGAGAUUUGUUUCAGUAUGCUUUCACAGAGUAAACUAAGCAGUCCUAAUCUGUUGAAGGUGAUGGUAUCACCAAGUUUUCAGGAGAUUUCUUAGAUCUAAAGAAGGAAUGAUUGAAAGGUUAUUUUUCAAAUAGGUCCUUAAAAGGUAAAUGAAAAUGAGGAAAUGUGUAAAGGCUAAAUAGAGAGGACCUGAAGUGAUUCAGAAAAAACAGGGGCAUUGUUUUUUGUUUCGUUUUUCUUUCUUUCUUUUUUCUUUUCUUUUCUUAUUUUUUUUUUCCUGGCACGGUUUGGGGACUUAAGUGAGAUAACUUUUUUUUUUAAGCUGCAAUUAUCAUAGACCACCAGGGGGAGCCAGGGUCUCCAUUCUCAAACACUGUGCUACUAACACAGAUUCUGUAUCUGCAGUCUUACAUUAUUAAUGUUUUUCAGAUGCCUGAGAAGCCUUCAUCUGUUUUGUCUGACACUUGUCCAGAGUCUUGUCUGUAAUUUCCUAAUGAAAAAUCUGCAUAUUAUCGAGAUUCUGUCUGUUUUACCAAAUUCCUUCCUCUAACCCAGCUUAAUAAAGUUUACUGAAGAUUCAAAUACCUGUGGUUAUUUUUAACACCUGUACAGAAUAGCAAAUAGCAUCAUAAGUCUAAUACGAUGAAAUUCAAGGUAGUAGAUUAUUUACAUAAUUGUAUAUACUAUGGCUUUUCCUUCUGAUUUAAUUUUUAAAUACUUUUUUCCUUCCGAAGUAUCUUUAAUUUUGAACUAAAACAGAUUUCCCCUAUUCACCUCAUGUCUAAAAUGUCUUUUUUGUCACCCAGAAAUUCCCCUCUCCCUAUUUUCGUCUCAGUCCUUUCCCUCCCGUCACCCUCUCUCUAAGCCACUGCUAUGAAAUAAACAUGGGUUAUCCUCUCUUAACCCAGGCGUAGAGCGCAGGAAAGUGUCUGCCUGGGAGGCAGAUGGAAUCUAUAAAGUUGGCAAAUGACAUUUGAAAACUGUGCUCAGAAUAGUCGAUAAGGGCACGGGUUCUCGUUCUGGUAGGUUACGCAGGUAGAAGGCACGGAAUAGGAUUGGCCAAAUCCCAGGCUUUCAGCUACAUUGGCCCUAGUCCGGGUUUAAAAAAAAAAGGGGGGGGGGGAGCCUGGAUCCUUUCGCUUAGUGCUGGGGCUCGGGGCUUCUAAUCUUUCCACCAUCCCCAGAGCUAGGCUGCCAUAAUCUGACUUUUCUACAUCCCAUCGGAAUGUUUGUCUUGGCACAAACCGGGCAAGGAGCUAUCAGGAGAAAGAAGCAAGGGGAGGGAGUAAAUCUUGCUUCCAUAAGUCUUUUGAAAGAAUCAAAGAAGCCGUGGCUACUGACUCCCCAGUUAUCUCCGAACAUCAGGGGGUUUGCCUAAGCAGGCUUUGUUUAGCUGAGGUGGGGGGAGGGGCGCGAGGGGGGGGGGCGGGGGUUAUUCUGCAAAUUGAGAGAGCAAUGGUGUCAUUUGCGGGUCUCACCUCUCUAGCUAAAGGGUUUGGAUCAUAAGAGAAGAAACAGAGAGAGUGAUUGCAAGUGACCUGCCACGGAGCCACUAAUGCGUAUGAAAUAAUGGUUAGUGUUGGCAGAGCCCUGACACACACAGAUAAUCUCCUACUUUGUUUUUAGAUUUGAUUGCUGUGUAAUCAGGGAGGAAAGUACCACGGCCACAGCCUGAGCCCCCAGAGCUAUAGUCGGAAAAGGCAUUUUACCUUGAAAAGGAACCUUAGCUCCUCCUUCCCUUGGAGAGAACUGCAAACUAUCUUUGUUGUAUGUGGGUGGGUGGUAGUGGUUGUUGGUUUCUGGGCAAGCAAAAGUCAGGUUUACUUCUUAGAUGGCUGAUUUUUAUUUUCUCUUUAAAAGCUGGGGCCGAAGGGAAAAGGGAUGUUUGGGGUGUUUGGGUUAGGUUGUUUUUGGUUUUGAUGGUGAGAUCUUAAAUUCAACUUUAUCAGAAGAGAAUAAGAACUGUAUCACCCAUGAGGCAGUUCCCAUUCACUGAAGUUUGACAACACGGGUCUUGGAAAUAAAUAGGAAAAUUGGGAGGAUACUUUCAAGAACUGGUUUCAGAUCAUAGGGACACAUUCACCAGAACAAUGGAAUUUCUCCCCAAAUGUGCAGCUCUGAAAAAAUCUCCCGGGCCAGAAUAAGGAGAACAAAAUUUUAAGAUGGAGAAGAGACUAGAAAGACAAAGCUACAAGAAGAGAAACAAGAGGUGGAUAGAUUGACAAAGAGAGAAAAGAAAAGGAGAAGAAUCUGGGAGGUGUACAGAGACUGAGAGAUAAGAAGGAGAUCAAGAGAAGGAAACAUAAGUAAAGAGAGAUAAACAUAAAUAGAGAAAAAAAAAACAGACGGAGUCUGAGAUAUAGAGAAGAUGAAACAAAAAGACAGAGAGGAAAAAACCAAACAAGAUAGAGGGGAACAAUCAGAAAACGCCACAAAGAUGAGGUAGAUGGAGACACACACGCAGAGAGACAGUGAAAGAGACUGAAAGGUAGAGACAGGGAAUAAGAGAAAGACAGAUGGAAAGAGAGAGGCAGUGAGAGAGAUGAGAGAAAUUGUGACAAGGAAUAGACAAAUGCAAAGAUAAGAAAAUAACAGAGUAAUGCACACAUAUAAAAAUGGAAGCAAAAAAAGAUGAAAGUGACGAGAGACAAAUGCUGGAAUAAGAACACAAAGAAUAAUACAAAAAUAAAAGGUGAGAGUGAUAAGAAAUAAACAAUGUAAAGAGAUGAAUGAGAAAAUAAAGAAUAAAAAUAGACAAAAAGAAAAAAAGGUAAGGGAGAGAUGAGAAAGUGAGAAGAGACGGAUAAAUGCAGAGAUAAGAACAGAACAUAAAGAAUAAUAUCAAAUAAAUAAAGGAGAGAGAAUUGUCAGAGAACACCCAGUAUGAGUAAGAAAACAAAGAAAGAAGAGAGGCAUGAAGGGGAAGGGGAAAACAAGGUAUCAUUUUUACUUUGAAGGAAGAAUUGUAUCUUCUCCAGUGUCAGCAAGAAGUAGCCUUUCCAGGGACUGAGCUGAAAUGGCCAUCAUGACCUAAAAAUUGCUCUUUCCAACUGACAGUGAUUUAUUGACUGCUCUCUAUAAAAGAACUCAUUCAACAGUUAAGUUGUUUUGAGCUCUGCUGCCAUGUGUUCUCCUCAUUACAAGGUUAGCGUCUUUUAAGGGGGAUCUGGACGUUAAAAUAAAAAAAAAAUAUUUUAAGUGAA